AAGAAUUCGGCGAAGAAACUCAAAAAUCAUUUGGAAAUGGCAGAAUAUGAGGCCCAAUCGGAAAUCAAAACUCGAGUUAAAGGAGCGCCACGACUCUACUUCUUGAACAACGAAGAGCUGAUGGAAUUUUUCCUCAAGCCUGAAUUCGGAGGUGAACCUUACCGGACAUUGAUCCCGAAAUGUUUUCCAGGGAUAAGCAGCUUUAAAUUUGGCCGACAGGCAAAUGAGAUUGUUGGCUUUGUCACGCCAAGUGGUGAAAUGCUCCUCUUUAAUGAGAUUAUUAAAAUAAGUGAUAAUAUUGCUGAUGCUAUCAUUGCUCUAGCUGAAAUGAUGAAAGAUGCUUUACAGUCCUUGCAAAUUCGCUGCUGUUCUGGACUAAUAAAAAACCCUAACAAAACCGACCGCUGGAUUCGCACUUUCCCAGCACAAACUCUCAUUCUUGCAGGACAGAUUUAUUGGACGUCUGAGCUGGACAAAGCGUUGGAAAGCUGGUACAAGAGCGAGUCAAAAAAGUCUUUGAAACAAAUGCGCAAAGAAUAUGAUGGCGUGAUUACGCGCCUUAGUGAAAAUCUCACCACAAACAUGUCUCUAGCAGACCGACAGAAAACGACAGCUCUAUUAACUUCUGAGCUAUUUUUGUCUAAGAAAAUCAGUGAUCUCAUAAAAAAUGAUUGGGUUGAACCUACUUCACUUGAAGUUUCGACCCUGAUGAAAUUCUAUUUCAACGAAGACACUGCAGAAAUCACAAUCAUUCAAAUGUUUUCAUCUUCUCAAUAUGCUUAUCAAACUUACGAAGAUGUAUAUCAGGCGGUUAUUACUCCGGAAACCGAAAGAUACAUCAUUCACAUAACGACGGCUCUGAACUUGAACAAAUACGUAGCAAUUGAGAGCUCAAGAGCAAGUGGAAAAUUUGAAACAAUUCGUUGCCUUGCUAAAACUUUAGGACGUCUGGUUCUUCCCUACUGCUGCAGCAAUUAUUCGUCAGUAGAUUCAGCGUUGAUGGCAUUUGAAGUCACAGCAAAAUUAGGCGCUUGGGCAGUCAUUAAAAACUAUUUAGACAUGAACAAAAACGUACUCGAAGAGGUUUCAUACCAUCUAUCACGGUUUUUAAGAUCGAUGAAUGACAAUGAAUUUGACAGCAGUGUCACAUUAAAUGGCAUUCCUAUCAGUAUUCAACUGAAACCAACGUUCUUUUUAGCCUCUACAGGUCCAAACACACAUGGUCUGCCAGCAUCACUCAGAGCCUUCUUCAGACCCAUCGCGAUGAAGGGACCCGACACGGGCAAAAUUUCAGAGAUGUUGCUGAUUGCUGAGGGAUUUACAGAAGCUUUAAUGCUCUCUCAAAAGGUUUAA